AUGCUGCUUGAGCUUGCACUUGAAAAUUAUACGAUUGGGUUUAGACCAAAUAAUUAUUGUCUAGAUAUGUUGCGUUACCAAGACUAUUUUUACUCUCAAACUCAAAAUACUUUAUACGUAAAAGGUAACUGGUCUGCUCCAAAUACAAGAUAUCAUGAGCCGGUCCGAAGCCUUGGAUUUCGUCGGUUGCUUCAAAAGGUUGGUAAAAGGGUAUACUUGAUUGAUGAAUUUAGAACAAGUCAGUGCUGCCCAGCCUUUGAACGUAGAAAUCUUGAAACGCUUCGGAUGAUUGAUAACCCGCGCCUCACAGACGAAGAGAAAAUCCUCGCAGCCAUGACUAAUAAUACAAAUGGGAUUGUUCCUCGUAUAUGGAAUUGUGAUAUGGCUGCUUGCUUGAACAUAGUUGAUAUUGUUCGAACACUUCGUGCUGAAAAUGGCAUUCUCCCAAGGUUUCGACGUGGAGAGGUUCCCCAGAACUAA